AUGCGCGGUCUCAACUUGCUUACCUCGAUCGCGAUACCACUACUCGCAGCUGCAGAAUGUCCUGACUACUCGGAUUACUCCAAGGUCGUUCAUGAACCAUUAAGCGCAGGGAAAUACAAGCUUGCAUACCAGAGGCCCUCGGAAGACUGCCGGACCUUCAAAUCGCAGGGUGUCGAAGAUACAUUGACGCGUUUCGAGAGCAUCAUCAAAGAUCCGGACCUCUAUCGCCUCUUUCAGAACGCGUAUCCGAACAGCUUGGACACGGCCGUCAAGUGGAAGGGCGUUGCCGCCGACAAUGGGGAAGAAGAACUGACCUUCUUGAUUACAGGCGAUAUCAAUGCCAUGUGGCUGCGUGACUCCUCUAAUCAGAUGCAAAGCUACCUCCCCUUACUGAACGCGAGCAGCGACCCCAAUUCCCUCGCGAGUCUUUACAGGGGUGUGAUCAAUCUCCAGGCGAGAUAUUUGCUCACAUCGCCCUACUGCAAUUCCUUCCAGCCCCCAGUCGAGAGCAACAUCGCACCGGCAAAAAACCCCUCGGCGAGCAACGACGUGGUUGUGCCGGCAUACAACAACCAGUCGGUCUUUGAAUGUAAAUAUGAACUCGACUCGCUGGCUGCCUUCCUGGAGGUAUCGACCAACUAUUACAAUGCCACCGGCGACGCAGAAUUCUUCGGCAAGUUCCAUUGGGUGGAAGCUAUCGAGGCAGUUCUCAAAGUAGCGCAGGAGAUGACAACACCCACCUACGGCGAGGAUGGAAGGGUUUUGGAUAGUCCAUACAAGUUCAACCGCGACACCGAUCGAGCAACGGAAACAUUCGCGAAUGAUGGUAUCGGAAACCCUGUAGCAAACGGCACCGGUCUGAUCAGGAGUGGAUUCCGCCCUAGCGACGAUUCGACAAUCUACCAGCUGUAUAUCCCAGCCAACAUGAUGUUCAGCGCCUACCUGAAAUCAGCCGCUGAAAUAAUGGGCAAAAUCAACAACGAUAAGUCGGCAUCCCUAGCGACGCAGAUGUCGGACCUCUCGAGGUCCAUCCAGGAAGCCAUCGAGACACACGCGACGGUGAACCACCCGAAAUACGGAAAGGUCUAUGCCUUUGAGAUUGAUGGCUUCGGCUCUCAGAACAUCAUGGACGAUGCGAAUAUCCCAUCGCUCCUCUCUGCUCCCUUCAACACGUACCCCGUGAACGAAGAGACAUACGCCAACACACGCGAACUCGUGCUCAGCGCAUCAAACCCAUACUUUAUGCGUGGACCCAUAAUCAACGCAGUAGGCGGCCCCCACCAAGGCCCCGGCAUGGCUUGGCCUAUGGCUAGCAUUGUCAGGAUAUUGACGACCGACGAUGACGACGAGAUCAAAGGGGAGCUGAAGCAGAUUGUCAGUAGCACGGAUGGGCUUGGACUGGUACACGAGAGCAUAAAUAGCUUCAACGAGUCAGACUGGACACGCCAAUGGUUCAGCUGGGCGAAUGGCUUGUUUGGACAGAUGAUCUUGGAUUUGGAGGAGAGAAAGCCGGACAUCCUGAGCACGAGCUUCCAGUGA